AUGGCCAGCAACGACUACUACAACCAGGGCGGCUACCAGCAGCAGAACUACGGCCCUCCUGGUGGCGGAUACCCUCAGCAACCUCAACCUUCCUAUGGCCCUCCCCAAGGCUACCAGCAGCAGCAAGGCGGCUACUACCCGCAAGGCGGCCCGCCACCCAUGCAGUACCAGCAGCAGCCUCCUCAGCAGGCGCCCAGGAAGAAGCAGGGCGGCGGAAACUGUCUGACAGCAUGUCUCGCCGCGCUGUGCUGUUGCUGCGUCAUUGAUGAGACGUGCGAAUGUUGCGCAGAAUGUUGCGAAUGCUGCUUCGAAAUCUGCUAA